CUAUGUAAAUGGAUCCGCGUAUAUAUCGGCACGUCGGCGCGCCGCACACUCUUAGCGCUGCCUCCGCUGCUCCUUCUUCUUCUCCUUGUUCUUCUUGUUCCUCGGCACAGCCUCGAACGCCAGCAACAUGUCUGAGAAAAAGAUGUCUUCCAGCCGCCGGCAUCACUUGAAGAGUGUGAUCCUGUCCAUCGCCGCCACGUGGAUCCAGCAGGAGAAGAAAGAAUUGGCCGCGGCCAAGCACAACUACUUGGCCGAGGUCUGCACCAAGCCCAGCUUCAGCGGAAACCAGACCACGCUCAUGGAGACGUGCAGAAAGUUGAACGCCCUCAUCGAGAAAACGGAUGAGGAGAGGUACGACUUGUCGGUCAAAGUUGCAAAAGCUGACAAAGAGAUCGAGGAACUGAAGUUCAAAGUGAUCGACUUGGCGGGCGUGAAGAAGCCGACCCUGAGGAAGGUGCGCAUGUCGGCCGACGCCAUGCUGAAGGCGCUGCUGGGCUCCAAGCACACCGUCAACAUGGAGCUCAGGGCCAACCUCAAGCAGGUCAAGAAGGAGGUCAAAGAGGAGCCGGCAGAGGCGGUGGGCGACUGGCGUAAGAACAUUGAGGACAAAGCAGACAGGAAGAAGAUGUUUGAGUCGUCCUAAAAAUCGCAUUUUUUUGCAUCCGCUGUCAUCAAAAAAUGUUUGUUGUUUCAUUAAAUGUUUGCCCGAGUCAAACUUUGA